AUGGUCGACACCAAUGUAGUGUUCUCCGCGGUAUCUUUCAUAACUUUCGUGUUAUGCAUGGUACCAUUAUACUGGCAUGCGCAGUCAAGAAACAUCGGAACCUGCAUGUUCAUCCUAUGGUCGGGCUUUGGAACGCUGGUCUGGGGUAUCAACUCGAUCAUCUGGCACAACAAUGUGGAGAACUGGGCACCCGUCUGGUGCGAUAUAGCGACCAAGUUCAUCGUUGGGACAUCGGUUGGUAUCCCUUACUCCGCCAUGGCAAUCAACCGCCGCCUAUACAAUAUCUCCUCGAUCCGGGCGGUCCUGAUCACCCGCUCAGAGAGGCGCCGGGAGGCGGCUAUCGACUUCAGUCUCUGUCUCGGGCUGCCUGUCUUGGUUAUGAUCCUCCACUAUACGGUGCAAGGCCACCGCUUUGACAUCUACGAGGACGUUGGUUGUGAGCCUGUGACUUACAACACUCCUGCGGCAUUCGUUCUUGUGUACAUGUGGCCUCUCCUCUCAAGUGUUUUGGGAGCAUUCUACUGCGUCAUGACGAUCUGGAACUUCCAGAAGCGUGGUCGCCAGCUUCGCGAGGUCUUAUCGACGCAUUCGAACCUCAAUACAUCGCGCUACAUCCGCCUUAUGGCGCUCGCGUCUAUCAAUCUCUUCGCGAACUUGCCUCUGACUAUCUACAUCAUCUGGCGCAACGCGACACAGUAUACGAUGCACCCGUACAUCUCCUGGUAUAAUGUCCACGUUGGCUUCAGCAAGGUCAACCAAUACCCACGAAUUCUCUGGGGUGGCAACCCGGAACUGGUUUCCGGCUUCGAGAUGCAACGCUGGUUGUCGGUAUCCUGCUCCAUUGUUUUUGUGCUCUUCUUCGGCUUUGCCGAUGAGGCACGCAAACACUACUCGAAGGCGUAUACAUCAGUCGCCAGUCGUCUCGGACUCACCGUCGUCACAGAGAGCUCUUUUGCCGACUCACGAUUCGAGUCCAAGGGCGCCGCUAUUCAUGUUUCGACGAGCGGGCCAGCGAUCAGGCGUUACUCGUUCAUGUCCGGUCUAUCCAGCGAUGGGUCACUGGGCGAAUACAAUGCAUCUUCGUCAAUCAGGGAGGAUUCCGAGAAAGCAGACCCUCGUGGGGAAGGUGAUUCAAUCGAAUCCUCGCCAUUAGACGCCAUGCCUUCGUCAUCGAGCGCUCAGCUCCCGCAUCUCCCUCAACAGCCCGAAAAUGCCCAUAUUCGUCCGCAAUAUGACGUCUCUUCCGGUGAUGACCAUACCUCUGGCGCGCAUGCCGUAUAG